CAAUCAGUCGGAAGUGUUCCAACACCAAUGCGUGUACAACACCCGUAAACACAACGAACAAAUUAAUCGUUUAAUCGCCUUAUUUGAUUACAACGAAAAUCCAGUAAUUUAGUCAAUUGAAGCAUGUAUCAUCAAAAAGUGUUGCUUUGCCUUGUGGCCCUAACAACCGUUUUUGUGUCCGUUGUCUGUGCCAAGGGAAAUUGUACAUUGGUCGACUGUUUAUCCACUUUGAAUCAAAGUGCUUGUGCAGCGAAUGGUAAAUUUCUGGAGAUUGAUACAACAAUCAGUUGUUGUCCGAGAUGCCGACGAGGAGUGGAUUUGAAUGUCAAAGGGUGCAACGAAAUAGUCUCCUGUUCACCUGGUCUGCAAUGCCUAAAUGGAACAUGCAUACUGGAUAAAAGCACAUGCUCUUACACGUAUCAUUUACAACAUCUACAACAAUUGCCACAAUGUGAAAAUGAUGGAACUUUUGCUGCUAAGCAAUGCCGAGGUGACAAGGUGCUGGGACGAUGUUUUUGCUACAGCGAUGACGGAAAACGGAUAUUCGGAUUGGAUUGGCACAGUAACUCUGAUAGCAUGACCUGCGCUUGCAGUCGUCAUCGCUACCAAUUGGAAUCGGACGGCAAAAUAUCGACACUGCACUGUACGCGUAACGGUAACUAUGAACCGUUGCAAUGUGAUUCGGGUAUUUGCUGGUGUGCCGAAGAGAAGACCGGUCGAAUAGUCGAUGGAACGAGGGCUGUUCCUCAAACUUUGUGGACCCAGUUGCCAUGUUACAAUGCAACCGAAUUGGGAACGGAAUACCUUCGACAAUGUGAAAGCAUUGCGUAUGCACAGAAUGUUUUACGGGAAAAACUGUCAAAGCACGGAACAGUCAGUGUGUCGAUCGUUAAAGCUCAAUGCGAUUUCGACGGCAGUUACGGCACAUAUUCGAUAAGUAGCAACAUAGCAUCUUGUAUGUGGAGAGACGGUACAAGAAUUGGUGCCUACGCAACAAACGCAAAUCAGGUGUCCAAAAUGAAUUGCAAUUGCGCAAGAGAUCAACUCCAUUUCGAAGCAAUGUCAAUGCAAAUGCCGCUCGUUUGUGACGGAUAUGGUAACUACGAAUCGAUACAGACGUUAAAUGGCGAUCUGUUUUGCGUGGACAGAGAUGGAUUUAGUGUAACGAAUUAUUUAAGCGAUAUGCCCAGUUGUAGUGACCAUUUGUAUUAUGAAUACUUUUAGUGUGUAUGGUUAUGGGUAACGCCGUAACGUGUAACGUACAACGAAAUAAAAUUUUGUUUUGAGCUGAAGAUGAUGUGUAAGACUUUCCCUUUUGCAACAAAACAAAAUUUCCCUGGUUUCAA